AUGCCCCCACGAGUUUUCAUCAUCGGAUCCGGAAGUUGCCAGUGGGCCAAUGACCUGAUAGAGUGUGAUCCUGGUUUCUUCCCGUGCGGUAACAGCACCGAGUGUGUGGCUCAGCAAUUCCAGUGUGAUGACAUUGCACAUUGCCAAAAUGCUGCCGAUGAAAGUGGAUGUGCCAUUGCUGACGGAUGGCUCGCCCACUUUGAUUAUGUGCAUCCCGUAUCUGUCGGAGAGACCAAGGCCCUCAAUGAAUGCGCUCUGGCCCAAUAUCCUGAUGGUUGUGUUUGCAGUAAAUUAACUCAACUCGAUUGCUCAGAAUUUAAUUUGAACGAGGUCCCACCCAAUCUACCAGAGAAUAUCACCAGACUAUACCUGAAAUCAAACAACAUUGUGAACAUCGGAAGUGAACUACUUGCAAACUAUUCAUCACUCGUAUACCUGAACUUGAUGGGAAAUAGAAUCCACGAAAUAGCCGAGAAUUCUUUCCGGAACCUGCGUAAUCUCAAAAGACUCUUUCUUUCGGAGAAUAACAUAUCACGUAUACAAACGGGAGCCUUUAAUGGACUGAGCGGUUUACACUGGCUAUUUCUAAACGACAAUAAAAUGCGGACUCUGGAACCAGGCAUAUUUCUCGGAUUAGAAGGCCUGUAUUGGUUAGAUAUGCGUAAUAAUGAAAUCAGAGAUUUACAGGAAGGAGAAGCACUCAAAGAUCUUAAAUCACUUGUUUGGCUUGACUUUGAAGGGAAUGAUAUCAGAAGCAUAAAUGCAAGAUCUUUUGCUGGGAAUACUUCUCUGACAGUUUUAAUACUUAGAAACAACAGUAUAGAAUCGAUUGAGAGGGACGCCUUCACCUCAUUAGGAACUCUAGUGGAAUUAGAUUUGUCGCACAACCAAAUUUCCCAUUUACCCGAGGGCAUUUUCGAUGGGUUACACACUCUAGAGAUUCUGAGACUGAGGAACAACCCUCUGUUUUCCCUGCCCGUGGACGUGUUCCGAGGGAUGAAGAAACUUGUAGACCUAGAUCUUGCAGAAAUCAUCAUCGGAAAUAUCAACGUGGACAUGUUUCAAGGGCUCACCAGACUUGAAAAGGUGGCUUUCGACAAAUUCGAGUACUGUCGAUACGCCCCGCACGUUCGUACCUGUACACCGCGAUCUGAUGGAAUCUCGUCGUUCGAGAAUCUCUUAAAAAACGUGGUUCUGCGAGUUUUUGUAUGGACUAUAGGUAUCAUCACCAGUGUGGGUAAUCUAGGUGUACUGGUCAGCCGUGCUUUCAUGAAGGCAGAAAAUAAAGUCCAUACGGUCGUCGUCAUAAAUCUAUGCACUGCUGAUUUUCUGAUGGGAAUCUACUUACUGAUUAUCGGAACUCAUGAUGUCAAAUACCGAGACAACUACAACCAACAUGCACUGGAAUGGACCAACGGUAUUACGUGCAAAGUUUCAGGGCUGCUUGCUAUGAUCUCCAGUGAGGUGUCAGUUCUGACUCUCAUGUUCAUAUCUCUAGAACGCUACUUCAUCAUAGUAUACCCGUACAGCUUUCAAAGGAUUAAAACAAGACGGGCAAUCAUGGUGUUAGCCUUCAUAUGGUUCUUUGGAACCCUCCUUGCUGUGGUGCCAAUCAUUCCUGUGGACUAUUUUGGAAACUUUUACGGAAGUAAUGGCGUUUGUUUUCCGUUGCAUCUCCACGAGCCGAGGAUGAGGGGAUGGGAGUAUUCUGUCGUUGUCUUCUUAGGAAUCAAUUCCACUGCGUUCGUUGCUAUAGCACUUUCGUAUACAGGAAUGUUUCUUAGCAUACGAAAGACAAGACGAGCAGCGGCUCAGUGUGGAAUGAAAGGAGACAUGGCGUAUGCUAAGCGUUUCUUCUUUGUUAUCCUCACCGACUCUUUGUGCUGGCUGCCCAUCGCCGUACUCAAGGUCAUGUCUCUUUGCAACUUCAUUAUAUCAGAAACCCUUUACGGCUGGAUAAUAGUUUUCGUCCUGCCAAUCAACAGCGCCCUCAAUCCAAUACUGUAUACCCUCAGCACUACGUCAUUUGCCAUGUGGUUCAUGCGGCAGCUGAAGAGAGGUAAAUUCAAGACAUCUGGUUGCUACAUCGGCAGUAAUGUCGACAUGUCAGAAUUAAGAGGUCGAAUCGAGGAGUCCGGUGCCUUCACCUCGUAUACAAACAUGCCAAAGCGUGCCUCGUUCUUUUUACCCACCCGCAAACACCAUGUCAGCUCCAAGGUCGAAGCAAUCCCUGCUGUUUCUAGCUCUGUACCGUCCAGAUCGGCAACGACCACGGCCAUGACAAACAACAUUCGGCCACUUCACACUAUUAACGAAGGCGAGAUCGUUGAUAACAACUCUCAAAGUCAAGGGAACCAUCAGUUAAGAAGAACACCGAUUGUGCGGUUAUGUGACCUAAUGGAAUGACGUUGGAUUACCAGACUUGUGUGUUCCAUCUCACUCGAAAGAGAGCCAUCAUCGAAGGGGGUGGGAAUGGGGGGGGGGGGCUAAAUUUCUCUUAAAUCCGUUGCCUACGAGGUGUCAUUAGGGACUUUAACAUGUGCACGUCGACAUAGUGGAUUGCUACGUGUGACGUCCUUUUAAGGCAAUGUGACGUCCUUUUAAGGCGGUGCCAGUGCCUUAUAAGGACGUCACACGUAGCAGUUUACUAUGUCGACGUGCAAAUUAAAACUCUCUACUAGCUUGACGGAGGACUGCGUCAGUGAUUGAUGCGGUAUCUGUCCCACCAGUGGGAGUGAUACUGCACAUGUAUCGUUUUUUGUUUGAAGA